AUGCUGCAAGGAAGCGACGAUUGUAUCGACGACAUGAUUUACGUCCCUGAAGGUCUACUGACCGCCGAAGCGGCUAAAGGCGAAGGGACUUAUGAGAAUCGCCCAGCUCGCUUCUCCUUCACACCACACGAUUGGCCUGUCGGGGAUGUUGACAUUGCUCAGAGAGGCCAGAGGCGAAUCAGCUGGGCACUCGACGAGCAGCCACAGUUCUGUCUUGAGGAAGCGAGAAGAACAUUGCGCCCUGUCGCCGAGCAUAGUCCUGUGGCCUCGGAGACUCAAGACGAUGCAUCGCCUCCCACCGAUCCUUACUACCAUGGCAAUACGAGACCAUCGGCUGAGAAUCGGCAAUCAGAGACUGAUACCAAGAGUCCUCAGUAUCCUGAAAAGCGAAGCAGAUCCUUCAGAUUCAGCUAUCGGAACUCAUUGCCCCUCGGCCAGUCACUGCGAAAUACCACCAGGGAUCAUCGGAAAGGGAGCAUCAAGAGUGUGUACAACAGGGCGACGCUGGUGAAAAUCAAGCACCAACGUAGAUACUGGCGUCGUUUGUUGAUUGAAUACGCCAUCUAUGCCUUCUUAGCUGCUGUUGUGUACUUUGUGCUCAUAGGAGUUCCCCUGUGGAAAGGGGCAGUAUAUUGGCUGUACUGGACUAUGCAGCAUAAGAUGGUGAUCCAGAGCAGUUGGGCCAUUUUCCUUGCUCUGCUCGUAUUCUAUUCCUUCGCACCACUCCUCGUCACCUUCGAGAAAGACGCCCCAGGACCGGAAUACUACGAACACCGCCGGAUUGCUCGAACCCCAACAGACACUGCUCUGAUCAUCCCAUGCUAUAAAUCCGCACCCAUCAUUGGGCGGACCCUCGAAGCUGCGCUGAAGAUUUUCCCGGCAUCGCACAUCUACGUCGUCGCCAACGGCAACUCACCUUCCCCGAUCGACGCCACCGAGGACAUCUGCCGCGCGCACGGCGUCAACCACAUCUGGGCUCCCGUGGGAUCAAAAAUCAUCGCCCUAUUCAUCGGUUGCUACGCAGUGAAGCAGUUCCGGCAUGUUCUCCUGAUCGAUGAUGACUGCAUUCUGCCUCCCAACUUCCCCAUUGUGGCGGCGCGGCUCACGGGGAAGGUCAGGUGUAUCGGCUACACCAUCAAAUCCGUUGGACGGGACUCGUCCCUGGGUACAUACUGCCAGCAAGCGCAGGAUUUGGAAUACAAGUUAUCUGGUCUGCAGCGGCUGUUUGCAGGACGCAUGGGGAGCGCCACCUUUCCGCAUGGUGCGAUUUCUCUGUGGCAGAGGUCGUUUCUGAAGGAGACGCUUCACAAUCACCCGGGUUUCUCGAUCAGUGAGGACUGGUUCCUUGGAGACAGCUGUCGACGGCUUGGGGGAAGGAUCCUGAUGUGCAGUGCCGCUUUCGUGGAGACGACGACGCCGGCUUCGGUCCUCUUCGCUACCAGAUCUGAGAAGCGCGGCGGGUUCGGCGAGGCGACUGUCUUCAAGCAGCGGUUUCUGCGGUGGAACUUCUUCGUUGCAAGUGGUCUGUGGCAUAAUCUCCGCUAUCUUGUCGGGUCAUGGAAGCUGGGAUGGUGGGAAUUCGGGACGAAGAUCUUUGUUUUCCAGGAGAUAUAUGAAAACUUAUUAUACAUCCUGACGCCGUUUAUUCUGCCCAUAUCAUUCAUCAUUCAGUCGGGGUUCUUCAUUGGACUGGCCAUGGCCACCUUGGGCUUUUAUAUGCUGCACAUCGUCAUUUUCAACGAGGUCCACCUGCGCCGGAGACAAGAACAGGUGUGCAGGAAGGUGGUCCUUGUGUACUAUAUGCCGUACAAGCUGAUGAUGACACUGACGAACAUCGCGGGUUGUUACUGGUCGCUGUUCAGAUACGCUCGGUAUUUUGCGCGACGACGGCCCAAAUUGACUGAAGACCACAAGGCGGUUGGCAUGGUAUUAAGACUGGAAGAGAUGACACAUGCAUCUGAUUCGAAAAACAACAAGCUGGGUCGAAGUUUGACUGUUAGAGCGGUUAAUGUACGGGAGAACGCUGGGAUCGUUGCUGAGCUGUCCGCGCACUGA